ACGGAGAGAGCGAGCGAGCAGCGUAGACGCAGUGGGACACGGAGUCAGAGAAGACUACACCGACGCACAUAGCCACACAACGAAUAAAUAGAGAAUCGACUCGAAAUUGCGCGUCAACGAGCCCGACCCGAGCGGUGUGCGGCCGAAACCCUUUUCACCAUGGAGACUGCGGUAAAAACACUAUCUAAAAUGUGAGAUUUACGAAGGCAAUCAGAAGAGAGCGAGAGAGUGGCUUUACUCCCUUAUCUUGAGCUGGUGAUUUCAAUUCUGUGCUCCGUCGUCGUCGCAGUGUUUCUGGGGUAAAAUGAAGAAGUUUAACAUCAGGAAGGUACUGGACGGCCUAAAGGAGCAAGCGUCUUCCUCGGCUUCGUCUGGCCAGUCGGGCACCCAGGAGAACAAUUUGAUGCAGGAGACCCUUCAGUCCGAGAAUUUUCAACUCUGCAAGACUGUCCGUCAUGGCUUCCCCUAUCAGCCGUCGUCCAUGGCCCAUGACCCAGUCCAGAAGAUCCUGGCCAUUGGGACCCAGAGUGGGGCCCUCAGACUGUUUGGUCGUCCAGGUGUUGAGUGCUACUGUCAACAUGAGAGUGGAGCCGCUGUCAUCUCGCUACAGUUUCUCAUCAACGAGGGGGCGCUGGUGAGUGCUCUGGCAGAUGACAGCGUGCACCUUUGGAACUUGAGGCAGAAGAGGCCCGCCAUCCUCCACUCACUCAAGUUCAACAGAGAGAGGAUCACGUUCGUCCACCUGCCCUUCCAAAGUAAAUGGCUGUACAUCGGCACAGAGAAAGGAAACAUCCACAUCGUCAACGUGGAGUCCUUCACACUCUCAGGCUACGUCAUCAUGUGGAACAAAGCCAUCGAACUAUCCUCCAAGGCCCACCCAGGUCCUGUGGUCCACAUAAGUGACAACCCCAUGGAUGAGGGAAAGCUUAUAAUUGGAUAUGAGUCUGGGAUCGUGGUCCUGUGGGAUCUGAAAUCAAAGAAGGCAGACUACCGGUACACGUAUGACGAGGUGUGCUGGUCCUGCUGUUGUGCCAUGUGGAAGUGGAGGGGGCCAGUCUUGGGCCGUGGGGCUUCCUCCCUCUCUGGUCUGGUAGAGGUGGUGGUUCUGGUGCGGGGUAGUAGGGUCUGCCCCUUGUCCAUCUGGCUAAGCCGAUGGAAGUGGUGUGCUCUGGUGGUGGUGGGGCCUGUGGGGUGGCUGCGGUCUGCAUUAGUGGAUUCUGGUGGAGCGGGAAACUUUAUUGACCAGACCCUUGCKUCCUCUCUCAACAUCACCUCAUACCCGCUCUCCUCUCCUUUCCCAGUUCAAGCCCUCGAUAAUUGGCCAUUAGGUGCCGAGACCAUCAUACACAUCACCAAACCACUCACCCUCACUGUGGAGUCCAUCCAUCAGGAGAACAUCCCACUGGUCACCCGUGGUUUCAAGUCGGUUGAGAGUCCUGUGGUUGCCCUUCAGCCCAAUAUCCCGAAGGCCAUGGAGGAGUACAUCCAUGAGGCGCUCCAWCAAGGUUUCAUCCGCACGUCCACUUCUCCUGCGUCGGCAGGUUUCUUCUUCGUGGCCAAAAAGGAUGGAAGGAUGGAGGACUCAAUCACCACCAAGUACCGUUACCCUCUCCCGUUGGUGCUGGCAGCCAUCGGACAGCUUCGCUGGGCCUGGUUCUUUACCAAAGACCCAUUUAUGAUCCUGUCUGGAGGUCUGUCUUAUGACACGGUGGGUCGGCGGCCAUGUCUGACGGUGAUGCAUGGGAAGAGUACAGCCGUGCUGGAAAUGGAUUACCCCAUCGUAGACUUCCUCACGCUCUGUGAGACGCCAUACCCUAAUGACUUUCAGGAACCUUAUGCUGUUGUGGUCCUUCUCGAAAAGGAUUUAGUGGUGAUCGACCUUGCACAAAAUGGUUACCCCAUAUUCGAGAACCCCUAUCCACUGACCAUCCACGAGUCUCCUGUGACCUGCUGUGAGUACUAUGCUGACUGCCCUGUGGACCUCAUACCCGCACUUUACUCUGUUGGCUCCAGACAGAAGCGACAGGGCUACAGCAAAAAGGAAUGGCCCAUAAGUGGUGGUAACUGGGGCCUUGGCACACAGAGCUACCCUGAGAUCAUCAUCACUGGGCAUGCUGAUGGGACUGUGAAGUUCUGGGAUGCUUCUGCAAUAAUGCUCCAGGUACUAUACAAGCUGAAGACGGCCAAGGUGUUUGAGAAGAGCAGGAAUAAUAAGGAGGAAAAGCAGAACACGGAGAUUGUGGAUGAGGACCCGUUUGCCAUCCAGAUCAUGGCCUGGUGUCCUGAGAGCAGGAUGCUGUGUGUGGCCGGGGUGUCUGCCAACCUCAUCAUAUACCGCUUCAGCAAGCAGGAGAUCACCACCGAAGUUGUACAGCUGUUGGAGGUGCGCUUGCAGUACGAGGUGAAUGACAUGGAGUCCCCUCCAGAGGGGGGAGGAGGGGGUGACCGCGGAGGCGGGGGGGACCGUGACCUGCCCACCCCCGGAACAGCCUCACCCAGCCCCCAGACCACCGGACCCCCGACACACCCCUCCACCAGCAGCAACUCCUCUGACGGGGUCCGAGACAACGUAGCCUGCCUUAAGGUGCGUAGUACCCCUCUAAAGCAGUCUCCGGGGUACCAGGUAGAGUUGGUGGUGCAGCUGGUGUGGGUGAGUGGAGAGCCCCCCCAACAGAUCACAAGCCUGGCCCUCAACUCCUCCUACGGACUGAUUGUGUUUGGGAACAGUAAUGGGCUGGCAGUGGUGGACUAUCUCCAGAAGACAGUGCUGUUGAACCUGGGGACAGUGGAGCUGUAUGGGUCUAACGAUCCCUACCAGAGACAGCCUCGCUCUCCACGCAAGACACGCCAGCCUUCCGGAGGUAAUGGUCUGUGUGAUAUCAACGAGGGCUCUGCCUCGGAGGACCGCUGCAAAUCCCCCACUUCAGCAAAGAUGUCACGGAAAUUAAGCUUGCCUACUGAGCUAAAGCCAGACUUGGUUCUCCUGUCUGUAUGUCCUCCACGGGGCGCCAACCCACUAGACCACCGGGACAACUCCUUCAGCCGUUCACGCUCCUCCUCCGUCACCUCCAUUGACAAGGAGGCACGCGAGGCCAUCACCUCCUUCCACUUCUGUGAGACAUUCGCUCGGAAGGGGGACAGCACCAUCACACCCUGCCUGUACGUGGGCACCUCCCUGGGCACAGUGCUGGCUGUGGCCCUCAACUUGCCUCCUGCUGGGGAACAGAGGCUACUGCAGCCCGUCAUCGUCUUGCCUAGCGGUACCCUGGGGCGUCUGAAGGGCAGUAUCCUGAGGAUGGCCUUCCUGGACAACACGGGCACCUUCCUUCCCCCUGCCUUCGAGCUGUGGUACGAGCCCAACGCCGUGGGCGCCGACAGUGAGGAGCGAGACAAAGCCCGUAAACGCCGCCCGGUCUCUGUGUCGCCCUCCACCUCCCAGGAGCUGCAGGAGAGCCAGUAUGCGGUGGUGUGCUCUGAGAAACAGGCUAAGGUCAUAGCACUGCCCUCCCAGAACUGCAUAUUCAAACACAGCAUCACAGAGACAUCGUUCGUCCUGAGGGCUGACGUGGUCCAGAUGAACAUAGGGAACUGUGUGGCCUGUUUCUGUGCUAACGGACACAUCAUGACCCUCAGUCUGCCGGGGCUGAGACCGUUGCUUGAUGUAAACUACCUGCCGCUGACAGACAUGCGGAUAGCCCGGACCUUCUGCUUCACCAACCUUGGCCAGGCCAUGUACCUCACCUCCCCCACUGAGAUACAGAGGAUCACAUACAGCCAGGAGACCUGCGAGAACCUGCAGGAGAUGCUAGGAGAACUGUUCACACCAGUGGAGACCCCGGAGGCUCCCAACCGAGGAUUCUUCAAGGGCCUUUUUGGGGGAGGAGCAACUUCCCUGGACAGAGAGGAGCUAUUUGGCGAGACGCAGGCGGGUAAAGCAUCCCGUGGCCUUGCCCAGCACAUCCCGGGUCCUCAGGGACUGGAAGGCAUGAAGGGGGCAGCCUCGGGCGUGGUGGCGGACCUGGCACGUGCCCGGAUAGCGCUGGACGAGAGAGGGCAGAAACUGGGCGAGCUGGACGAGAGGACGGCCGCCAUGCUGGCCAGCGCAGACUCCUUUGGCAAACACGCCCACGAUAUGAUGCUGAAGUGCAAAGACAAGAAGUGGUACCAGUUCUGAUCUGAAAGAGGGGAGCAGAGCCAAAGGGACACUGCUUCAUCCGGACUCUACAUGCCCCCCCUCCUCCAUCUCUCCAUCCAUACCUCCUUCCAUCUCUCCUUCCUUUGCUGGACACGCGGGAUACUCUUCCCUAGCACAAUGUUGUAUACUGUAUUUACCUCAGUCAUAAGGUUUCAUAUGAGGAACGGACUAGAGAGAAGGACAAAGUGAGAAAAAAGGUGUCCUCUUUAUUGUUAUCUUUUGUUUGUUUUGUUUUCCCCUCUGUGGCCUGCCAGUUGGUUGAAGCUACGGGGUUCCCUGAUCCUCAUUCGCCAAAAUGUUCUGUGCCGUCGUCUCUGCUCCAACCAAUCCGGGGCCAGUAUACUAAAGACAAAAACAGACACAACUGAGAAAAAAAUUAACAAUGAAGAAAAAACUACAAAAAAAUCUCAAAAUGGAAAAAGAGGAAAAAAAGAAUAUAUAUAUAUAUAUAUAUAUAUAUACAUAAUUAUAUAUACAUAAAUCUACAUAAAUGAUCAACGCUGUAUUCACUUCCGACUGUCAAGUGCAAAACAACAAGAGGAGAACUUCACAGGUGGAGCGAAACUGGUGGUGGGCAUAAGAAGCUCUACUCAAAGUCACGGGAUGUGUUGUCAUAGUGACAGCCGGCUCUAUGCAGAGAGUUGCAGGAUAAAAAAAAGCAAGUCCUUCCAAUGUACACUGGAUCCUCUCUCCUUGAUCCAACUAGACUCUCCUCAUCAUAUGMAUUCACUGUUUUCGUAUUGUUCCCAACUGUUUUAUAGAUGUGUUAAUUUCUUUCCUCUUGUUUAUCGUUUAUUUUAUGCUAUGUCUGUUUUUACUUGAAAUCUGUUUUUAUUUGUUCUUAGUUGUCGUGAACGUUGUGAAUUAUGAUAUAUUUUGUUUUGGUCAUGUUGCCAGUAUGUUUUGUGGCUUUGUCAAACUCCCAUUAAUUGAUCCUUAUAAAAAGGGCUGGAUUCAAAAAGAGGGCAUGGAUAUAAAAUGCAUAGAUUUAUCAUUCAGAUCAGUACACGUCACCAUAAACAAUGUGUCAUAUCAGGUAUCACACCCAUCAGAACUCGAGAAGCAAYAUCGGGAACUCUAGAAGGAAGACUGUCAGUGUCUCCUCUCCCCUGAAGUSUUUCAUUUGACAUGUAAAUGCUACCUUCACCCCUGACCUCAUCAUGCCAUUUYACAUCUACUACAGUUUGACUUUAAUAAUGACUCUGUGUGAAUUCUGUCAAUGUUACAGUAGGCCCGUACACUGGUAGUGUAUCCACACCUAUUGGAUUGGUUUUCAGGAGUAAUACUGUAUGGACAUGAACUCCUCAAGUGCACGUAAACUUGGAGAUUACUACAGUAUAUACACAUGGGAAGAAAACCUGUUUGUGUGUGUUCAUAUAUGCAGGAAUAUAUAUGUACAUUCAGGCAAAGUCAUACGUUUUUGAAGACAGAAACUAUUUUUUUUUCUUUUUUCCGUAAAAUAACUUUGUCAGUGUGAGUGGUCUAUUAAUUCACAUUUUAUUUAUUGAAGUGUAAGAGACGCUGCUAUAUGUGUAGUGUGUCGGAACUGUCCUCUGUUUCUGUCCUCAUUUCAGUGGUGAAAACACUCAUAUCUAUCUACUUUAAUGUUCUGCCAGGCCUCUCUACCAUUCUUUUGUAAAUAGGUAAAUAGUUUGACAAUCUAAGACCAAUUGAAAAGUGAUUGACACAAGGACAGUUGCCAUAUUUUUUCUAACGCCAAAGAAUUACUUUAGCUUUCGUUUCAUUGUUCUAUUAGUCAACUUGGCAUUCCAAGUGUUUCACUAAUGGAAAUACAAUAGGCCCUUGUCUGUCUAUACAGGGCCUUGGGAACUGUGCAUUCUGACUCGGUCACUGAGUUAGGUCCCAUUCUGAAGACGUUCUUUCUUCUCUAAGACCUUUUCGACUCAUCCUGAUAGGAGAUGGCUGGUUAGGUUGAAGUAAGAUUACAGCAACUCAACCGUGAGGCCACUAGUGAGGGUAGCAAGUUUUCAGAAUCGAACACAACUAUUGUAUUCACAACAUUGUGCCCUUCAUAAAAGUUUCACUAACUUCUAAACAACAUUUGACCAGCACAGUAUCUUUCAAGGUAGACGUUGCCACAAGCAGCACCGCAGAUAUUGUGAUGAGCGAGAUGCAAGAUUUUGCUCUCACACAAUCACACAGUAUAGGUAGGUGCAUGUGUGUGGGUUCGCUUCACACUGUUACAGUGUGGUAGCCAGGGUGCCAAAAUAGCGAAGAAGUUGAGCAUCGUGCUUCAACGCUCUUAGUUGUUGCGGAAAUUGACCCACUAUGCCAUUUACUUUUUGCAACCACGUCAUAUUGCUGAGUCUACCUUUAAUGUUCAACUUUGCCGUCUUUUCCUUUCCUAUUUUUAGUUGUACAUCGUUCUUUAAAUUUUUUUUGUGUUGUAUGAUCAACAAUGUCUUUCUUGUCUGAAAUACUUGAUUUCCAUGACCAAGCUUUCUGUAUCCAAUCAAUUGUGGGAAAUCACCAAGAAGAAAGAAACAAGUCAGUAACCACGGUAACUAGAGGAUGUCUACAUCAGCAGGAUGACGCAACCUCUGUGUAAUGUGGCUCCAUCAUAGACCGGCCUCGCAUGUUCAGUGUCUGAGUCAGCACACAUCAUGCUUCGACUCUCCCUCGCUUGUCUUCUAAUGCAUUCUCCUUCUACUCCGGUAACAGUUCCAAGUGGCUCAUGUUGGUGAUACUAACUAACAGGUUUGGCCUCCUUCUCUGUGUUCUAGUAUGCAUUGUUGUGUGGAUGUCGGUAGGUAGCCCUGCUUCAAUCUUCCAAGGUGAAAAGAAUACUUCAGGAAAYAAAAAAAACUAGUCUAUGAUUGAGGCCCUUCCCUUCUAGCUCUCUUUUAUUUUUCUAUUCAAUUUUUUUAUGUGUUUUUUCUUGUCUUUGAGUGAGUUGUUUCUUGUCUAUACUCAGUAUGCGGUAUUCUUCUUACCUGGUAUGAUUCAUACUAAUUUACAAGAGGGAGUCUGUCCGCCAUAAUGCCAUUUCCGUCCUGGAUUUAACAGUUAUCAGUAGGUUGCAGUAUUUUCUCAUUGUAGCCAAUUUUCUUGUACAGUUUUAUGCAAAUUUCACAUGGAUGUUUAUGACUUUCUCUGCUGCCACAAACAAUUUAGAAAUGAUGUAGAUAGAAAUUACUGUGCAACGGAAAAUAAAAGUGGAAAAAAUGUA